AUGUCCAAGGGCACGCUGGCGCAUCGAAUCGAACUUCUCGAAGAACAGCUGGCUGCUGCCUUGGAGGGAAAUGGACCAAACGCGCCACAAGAACCACUGAAACUACCCUACGUAACUGAUCAGACAUUCUCCCAUCUUUCAACAAGGAAGAGUAAUUUGACUGGAGUUGUGCGCUUUCUAACCCUGGGCUAUGCAAACAAGGAAGAUUCAACUUAUCUGGGACCAUCAUCUGGACUAUCACUCGCCGAAAACGUCAAUCAAAUAGUUCACCGUGGAGUCGGGACCAAAUUACUGCCCGUCCACGCAGGACAGUAUUCAGAUGCAGUACGCGAUGAGGAUGCAGGGGCUAAGGCAUCACCUCCCGAUGAUGAAAUCAGCUCGCGGAUUCUAGACGUCUACUUCAAAAACAUGCAUGCACGCCUCCCGUUUCUGGAUCGCAGUGAAAUCCUAGAGCUGCACGCUGAAAGACACCAACCGCCAGGGAAAACACCCGAAGAGCAAUUUGGCAAAUUCAAGAUGUUUAUGGUCUAUGCAAUCGGAGCCGCAAUACUCCAGACGACCGAAACAUACAAUUCCACCCCACCUAGUGAUUUCCUGCUCACUGCACUCUGUUUUGAUCCUACUCUUCGAGAAUCGAUCUCAGUUGCCAGUGUAGAAGCAAUGGUACUGAUUGUCAUAUACAAUCUCCGAACAAACUCGAACUCAAGUGUGUGGUACAUGAUCGGCUUAGCGAUGAGGACUUGUGUGGACUUUGGAUUCCAUCGGAAAGCCCGGUACGCCAAACUGAAUGCACAUGAAUCCGAGAAGCGACGCCGACUGUUCUGGACAGUCUACAUUAUGGAACGACACACGGCAUGCUCAUUGGGACGUCCAUUCAGUAUCGCAGAAGAAGAGAUCGACGCUGAACUUCCCUCUAAUCUCGAUGACUCGAUAGCCGACGACGAGAUGAUAACACAGAUCCUGAAAGGGGAGUGUCGCACUGAAAGAACGCCAAUACCGACCCUCGGCAGAUUUAUUGCUUCCAUUCAGUUACAGCGUAUUGUGUCCGAGAUUAACACCCGCAUAUAUCGACUCGACAAGCAGUCUUCCUCCCUAAUCUCUGAAAUCGCUCCACUCAUGGAAAAGCUCGAGGCGUUCAAGAUAAACGUACCAUCGCUAGACCUCCAAGAUUGUGACUUCGUGUAUAUGCAUUGGAAUAAUUCAGUGCGGAUACUCUUACAGCCAUUUUUGAGUGUUCUUCAUCCCCAAGACGGAUACAUAAGAACAUGUCUCUUCGCGUCUGGACAAAUGUGUCAAAUCUUCAAAACCCUUCGACAGCGAGAUUCUUGUGGUCAUUCUUUUCUUCUUAUGAAUUCGGUGUUCAUGGCUGGCCUGACCAUGUGGUAA